AAGGUGCAAAGCAAGUAUAGUAGGGGCCAGCGGGUAGAUAAGACCAACGGAGCAGCCAAGGGCCCGGCCUUAAAAUACUUCUCAGCCUCUUUUGUGCCUGUUUCUUGAAAUAUUUCUUUCUGGGUUUUCUCUUACUGGCUCUGAGGAGGAUCAUUCAGUGGUUGUUUUGUGAUGGCAUCUAAGAGGAUCUUGAAAGAGCUGAAGGAUCUGCAGAAAGAUCCUCCUACUUCUUGCAGUGCUGGCCCUGUUGCUGAAGACAUGUUCCAUUGGCAAGCAACAAUUAUGGGUCCUCCUGACAGUCCUUAUGCAGGUGGUGUCUUUCUUGUUACUAUACAUUUUCCUCCAGAUUAUCCUUUCAAGCCACCUAAGGUAGCUUUCAGGACAAAAGUCUUCCACCCUAAUAUCAACAGCAAUGGAAGCAUUUGCCUUGAUAUUUUGAAGGAGCAGUGGAGCCCUGCUCUUACAAUAUCGAAGGUUUUGCUGUCUAUUUGUUCUCUGUUGACGGACCCAAAUCCAGAUGACCCUCUUGUACCGGAGAUAGCUCACAUGUACAAGACUGACAGGAGCAAGUAUGAGACAACUGCUCGGAGCUGGACCCAAAAAUAUGCAAUGGGUUAAACAUGCUUGCAUGCGUAUGGUAGGAGGGCUCCUUUUCCUUGUGCGUUGGAAUAUCUGUUUUAUAUUCUAAGAAAGUAUGGAAUUGCAACUUGUCUGUUUGAGAUGGACCAAAUGGGAAUUCAUGGAAACUUGUCCUUAAAUCGCACUUGUGCUUUUGUUUCAUAUUGAAAAUUGUUUUUAAAAGCAUUAGUAUGUUUCCGGGUAUUGAAUCGUUAUUUGAUUGCAAUCUUCUA